CCCGUGGUCUCCUGAUUGGGGGGUUGACACGUAUGCUGUUUCCCUAGUUUUCAGAUUUGCAUAAAUGUCAGUUGAUCACCGGAAGAAUAUUGUUGUCCUUUAUUUUUGCGUGAUUUUCUCGUGAUCAGAUCACAAGACUAGUUUUUCUUGGCACAGUGUGAGAAACAAUAGCAAAAAUGAGCACGGUCGUUGAACAACCUUGCUACACUUUGAUAAACAUUCCGACCGAUUCGGAGCCGUUAAAUGAGCUCCAACUGAAGCAAGAUCUCGAAAAGGGCGAUGUUCAAACGAAAAUCGAAGCCCUUAAGAAAACAAUUCAUAUGAUACUGAGCGGGGAACGCUUGCCAGGACUUCUGAUGACUAUUAUUAGAUUUGUCCUGCCCCUGCAGGAUCACACAAUUAAAAAGCUUCUGUUAAUAUUCUGGGAAAUAGUUCCAAAAACGUCUCCUGAUGGCAAGUUGCUGCAAGAAAUGAUAUUAGUCUGCGAUGCUUAUAGAAAGGACUUGCAGCAUCCGAAUGAAUUUGUCAGAGGUUCAACUCUUAGAUUUUUGUGCAAAUUGAAAGAGCCAGAACUUCUGGAGCCACUGAUGCCAGCAAUAAUUGCCUGUUUAGAGCACAGACACUCCUAUGUCAGGCGUAAUGCUGUUCUGGCUAUUUUUACAAUUUACAGAAACUUUGAGUUUCUCAUACCGGAUGCGCCAGAAUUGAUAGCAAAAUACUUGGAGGGGGAACAGGAUAUGUCGUGUAGGAGAAACGCGUUUUUGAUGCUCUUGCAUGCCGAUCAGAGCACAGCGUUGUCUUAUUUAGCUUCUUGUCUGGACCAAGUGCCCAGUUUCGGCGACAUACUGCAACUGGUUAUCGUCGAAUUAAUUUACAAGGUUUGCCUCGCGAAUCCAUUGGAAAGGGCGCGUUUCAUCAGAUGCAUUUACAGUUUGUUGAAUUCCCCGAGUGCUGCCGUUCGUUACGAAGCGGCUGGCACUCUGGUGACGCUCUCCAGCGCGCCCACGGCGAUCAAGGCCGCGGCUUCUUGCUACAUCGAAUUGGUCGUCAAAGAAAGCGACAAUAACGUGAAACUGAUCGUAUUAGAUCGUUUGAUCGCGAUGAAGGAUAGCCCCGUCUACGAAAGAGUCCUUCAGGACCUGGUCAUGGAUGUACUCAGAGUUCUAGGUUCGCCGGCAUUGGAAGUCAGAACCAAAACGUUGGCUCUGGCCAUGGAUUUGGUGACCACUCGUACGAUCGAGGAAAUGGUCCAACUUCUGAAGAAGGAAGUGCUCAGAACGGCUGGCGGGGAACACGAAGAUGCUGGCAGAUAUCGUCAGCUUCUUGUGCGGACUUUGCACGCUUGUUCCAUUAAAUUCUCCGACGUGGCGGCUACAGUGAUUCCUGUGCUGACGGAUUUCCUCUCGGAGAACAACGAGGCCGCAGCCACGGACGUAUUGGUGUUCGUUCGCGAAGCGAUUCAGCGUUUCGAGAACCUCAGACCGCUUAUCGUUGAGAAGCUUCUUGAGGUGUUUCCACAUAUCAGAUCCGUGAAAGUGCACAGGGCGGCCCUGUGGAUUCUCGGUGAAUACGCAACGUCCAAGGAAGACAUAGAGGCAGUGAUGGGUCGUAUACGAGCUGCCCUGGGAGAAUUGCCGUUGCUCGAAGCAGAAAACAAACGUCAGGCUGGCGAGAAGUCGGUGGAUGACGGAAACACCGACGCUGCACCGGCGCAAUUGGUCACGUCGGAUGGAACCUAUGCUACUCAGAGUGCAUUCAGCGCGGCAUCUUCACGGAAGAAAGAAGAGAAGCGUCCAGCGUUGGUUCAGUACAUGAUGGAGGGCGACUUCUUCAUUGGCGCCUCUUUGGCUACCACCUUGGCGAAGUUAGCGCUCCGCUACAAGAGUCUCGAGAGCGAUCUUCAAAAGAGCAAUCGUAUGCAGGCGGAGGCGAUGCUGGUGAUGUCCAGCGUGUUGCAGUUGGGCCGUUCUGGUCUUCCCACGAAGGCAAUGACCCACGACGACGCUGAACGGCUGUCCUUGUGUCUGAGGUCCUUGGCCUGCCCGAUGCCGCUGGUUCAAAAAGUGUUCACCGAGGGUUGCCGCGACGCUCUUGGCAGAAUGUUAGCAGCGAAGGCCGAGGAAGACUCGCAGAACCAAAAGGCGAAGGAGAAGCCAGGUAGCAUCGUCCAGGUGGACGACGCGAUCCAGUUCCUACAGCUGAGUCGUGGAUCGGAUCUAGCCGGCGGAGCUGGUGACAUGUUCGAGCAGAGCCUUAGCGCGGCCGUCGCUGGAAGACCUGGUGCUGCCGGAGAUGCCCCAGCACCGAGUGCUUUGAGCAAGGUCACCCAGCUGACUGGCUUUUCAGAUCCCGUUUACGCCGAGGCCUUGGUCCACGUUAAUCAAUACGACAUCGUGCUGGACGUCUUAAUAGUAAAUCAAACCGAGGAUACGCUGCAAAAUUGCACGUUAGAGCUGGCGACGAUGGGCGAUUUGAAGCUCGUGGAGAGGCCACAGCCUAUCGUGCUCGCCCCGAGGGACUUCGCGAGCAUCAAAGCGAACGUGAAGGUGGCAUCCACGGAGAACGGAAUAAUAUUCGGAAAUAUAGUGUACGACGUGUCCGGUGCUGGGUCCGAUAGGAGCGUCGUUGUCCUAAACGAUAUACACAUAGAUAUUAUGGAUUAUAUAGUGCCUGCAACGUGCACCGACGCAGAGUUCCGACAAAUGUGGGCAGAGUUCGAGUGGGAGAACAAGGUGUCCGUAAACACGACGUUGUCGGAUCUCAGGGAGUAUCUUGCCCAUUUAUUGAAGUCCACGAAUAUGCGCUGCCUAACCCCGGAAAAGGCUCUUUCCGGACAGUGCGGGUUCAUGGCUGCUAAUAUGUACGCGAAAUCAAUAUUUGGUGAAGAUGCAUUAGCAAAUAUGUCUAUCGAAAAGCCAUUGAAUAAACCGUAUGCACCGGUGGUCGGCCAUAUUCGUAUCAGAGCGAAGAGCCAAGGAAUGGCAUUGUCGUUAGGAGAUAAAAUUAAUUCCACGCAAAAAGGUCCACAUAGUAAAGUUGUUCAGGCUGCUUAAGCCGCAUAGUUUUAAAUCUAUCCCCUCCGACGUCAGUAUUCGAAUUGUUUCGAUAAAAAUGUACCCCAAUUUGAUUCGUCUGAUCCAAAUGGCGCCUCCCUCCAUUUUCCUUUGCCAAUUUCACAAUUUCAAUCUUUUGCAUUAGACAUUCAGGUAUAUUCUAUACGAUAUACGCUCGUACUAAUUUCGGCGCCAUUUUUAUUUUACUUUUCCUUUGUUUUGUACCGUAAAUGCCGUCGAACGAUGAUACUUACGUAUCUGUAAGUGAAGACAAUGUAGUACACACGAUACUUUAGCUAUAAGCCUGUAUUUUAUUUAAUUAAAACUGAUCUUUCUGAUACAUAUUUUUUAAGGAAUAAAGAACCAACACUACACACUCGUUUUCAGUGCCAG